UCUUGGCUGCCGAUUGGUUGGUUGAGGUUGACCGAGGGUGGAGGAUCUGAGCGUGCCAAGGUGUGCGUAAAAGGAGAACCUGUGCGCUCCGGUGGCGCCCACGCACUCUGACACCCCGCCGCUUCAUUUCUUCACUCCUCACACGCCUCUGGAUCUGAAUGGGACGUAGAGGACGCUUUCCUUGGUCUUAUUUUCAAAACCGAUUUAAGGAGGGUCACGACAUGAGCGGUGUCACAGUUUGGGCGGAGGAAGGGGACGUAGCUCAGGAGGAGGUCCGAUCUUCUCCCCCGUGGUCUGAGGAGCGCUGUGAAGAGCUUUGGGAUCGGGUGGAGGGGGUUCGGCACAAGCUCACACGUAUCCUCAACCCGGCCAAACUCACCCCGUAUCUGCGGCAGUGUAAAGUCAUCGAUGAACAGGAUGAAGACGAGGUGCUCAACUCCACACAGUACCCAGUGCGCAUCAGCAAGGCCGGUCGUUUGCUGGACAUCCUGCGUGGUCAGGGCCCCCGAGGGCUUCAAGCCUUCAUGGAAUCACUGGAGUUUUACCACCCAGACCAGUACACGCAGCUGACCGGAGAACAGGCCACACAGCGAUGCUCCCUCAUACUGGAUGAGGAAGGUCCGGAGGGAUUGACCCAGUUUCUGCUGCUGGAGGUGCGUAAACUUCGAGAGCAGCUUCGAAACACCCGCUUGUGCGAGCGCCGCCUGUCUCAGCGCUGCCGCAUGGCGGAGGAGGAGCGUAACCGCGCCGAACGUAAAGCUCAGGAGCUACGUCAGGACAAACUGCAGCUAGAGAGGUUGCGUCAGGACUGGGAGUCGGCCAGUCGAGAGCUGGGCAAGCUGAAGGACAGGCACCUGGAGCAGGCUGUGAAGUACGCCAGAGCCCUGGAGGAGCAAGGCAUGGCCUCCAGCCGUGAGAGAGAACUACUGAGGCAGGUAGAGGAGCUGAAGUCCAGGCUGACAGAGGCAGAAACACAUACAAUCAAUACUCCAGGAAGCAAGAGGCUGGCAAAAAGAAACAGUUUGCCCUCUAAUGGAGUAAAUGGUUCUCCACCCGCUUUACCAGAAAAGCCGCAGCGCCACACUGAAGUUCAGAAAGCGGAGAACACAGGGACUCAGAUGAAGGUCUCAAGUCCUAACACUGGAGUCGUAGCUCUAAUGGACAUCCUGAAGCAGGACCGCAGGGAGGCUGCAGACCAGAGACAGGAGCUGUGUGAUGUCAUUACCCGACUACAGGGGGAGCUACAGAGCACCGAGGAGCACUGGGAGAAGGUGGAGUCGCAGUGCGAACAGCUACAGCUGAAGGUGAGGACUCUCCAGCUGGACUGGGAGACAGAACAGAAGAGGAGUGUGUCCUACUUCAACCAGAUCAUGGAGCUGGAAAAGGAGAGAGACCAGGCUCUGCGUAGUCGAGACAGCCUGCAGUUGGAGUACACCGACUGUCUGCUGGAUAAGAACCGUCUGCGUAAACGCAUUGCGGAGCUGCAGGCCAACGUGGAGCAGCAGCAAAGGGAGCUGGAGAGAGAGAGGGAGAGGAGCCGCGAGCUAAUAGAGCAGAGUAGCCUGUGUCUGAACUGUUCCCACCUGUCCCUGUGCAGUGAGGACCAGUGCUACGGCCCCUGCUGUUCCCUCGGCCUGGACCUGAGACCCCAGGCCGGUGGCACCCGGCUGCUGCUACAAAAGAAGCCCUCAAGUGGCCAAGCCAAUGAAAACUUGGAGGAUUGUCGUUCCAACUCCGAGGACAAUCUCCUUUUAUCAACUCAGACAGACGACAACGAAAAAGAAAUAAAUCGGCUCUCCACAUUCCCCUUUCCUCCGUGUAUGAACUCCAUCAACCGACGAUUCAACACAGAGUUUGACUUGGAAUCCUCGUGGGGCAGUGAUGAGAACGAUAACAUUACAGGUGAGCAGAGUGAACCUUCUUUGUGGGAUUCCUGUAUGUCGCUACACUCUCAUCUCUUCCCCCCCGACCUGGUCAACCUGCCUGCAGUCUCUCCAUGCCAACCCAACCCUUGUGCUCCCAGGAUUCUCUCUCGCUCCCCGUCCUCAAGCCCCCCCAUAACACCAAAACACGGGACAACCAGUCUAGCUGACGAUGUUACACUAAUCGGAGGGAACAAAACGGGGAUCUUUGUCAGCCACGUGAGAGCUGGCUCCCCAGCUGAACUAUGUGGACUGAAGGAGGGCAGUGAGCUGCUGGAGCUGGAGCGGGUUCUGUUUGGUGGGGGCAGUGUGAUGCUGAGCCAGUGUACUGCUGAAGUCGCCCACUUUUCUCUGCAGUGGUGGUCCGAGCCUUUAACACUCAAACACCAGAGCAACCCAGAGGGAUACUCCAAACUGUGCUCCCAGCUCUUGUCGCCUUCUUUCAUGGGUGCUGACUCCUUCUAUGUGCGUGCCAAUCUCAGCAUGGAGCCUCGCGGUGACUCGUCGUCUCUGGGUGUGUCCUGUGAUGACAUUAUACAUGUCACAGACACAAGAUACAAUAAAAAAUAUGAUUGGCACUGUUCCCUGGUGGACCCACACACAGCCAAACCCCUGCAGGCAGGAACCAUGCCCAACUACAACAGGGCCCAACAGUUGCUACUUGUAAAACUACGAAAAAUGUCCCUGGAGCAAAAGGACUUCAAGAGGAGGUUCUUGAAGAAAUCAUCUGGACGUGUACGAUUGGUCAAGGCAGUGGACCCCAGUGGCCGUGGGAUUGGUUCCAGACAGCAGGUCCUUUACACACUCAACAAACGUCACGAGGAGCACUUGAUCCCGUACAGUUUAGUGCAGCCGGUGCAGGUUCAGACUAAGCGGCCGGUCAUCUUCUCCCCCUCCCUUCUCUCCCAUGGUCUCAUAAAGAGGCUGCUGCAACCUGCAGAUUCUGUUUUUAAUUUCAACACCUGCCUUCCAGAGUCCAUCCAGACUUCAGAGAGAAGUGAGUCGAACGUGUUCCUGUUGGACUCCCACAGCCCAGAGCCGGGUCUGGGAAUACGGCUGCAGUCAAUACAGGAUGUCAUCAGCCAGGACAAGCACUGUCUUCUGGAGCUGGGGCUGCCCAGUGUUGAGGGCUUAUUGAGACAGGGGAUUUACCCUAUCGUCAUCCAUAUCCGCCCAAAGAACAAAAAGCACAAGACGCUAAGGAAGCUUUUCCCCGGGUGUGGAGAGUACAGCGUGAUGGAGGAGGUGUGCCAGGCCGAGGAGCUGCAGCUGGAGACGCUGCCCCUGCUCUACUACACCCUGGAGCCCAGCGCCUGGAGCAGCACUGAUGAGAUGCUUGCAGCCAUACGCAACGCCAUCCACAGCCAACAGAGGGCGGUGGCAUGGAUCGAACUGGAUAGGCUGCAGUAGAAGAGGAAUACAGAACGUUUAGGUCUUAAAUUCACAACGCAAAAAAAUUCUCCUGUCUUUGAACAAAGCAGCUGGCAGCUGGCGCCAAACCACAGCCAGUUUUCUAUUUGCAGCUAAGAUACAUUUUUAUAUUUACUUGUAAUCUCAAUAGAGGCCUUGUAUAAACUUGUAAAACCAUGUAAAACCAGCUGGACUGGCUGCAGUGGGAGAAUAGUAAAAACUUUUUAAAACUAAAACAUCUUUGACCCACAUGAGACAUUACAGAUACUUGAGUUAACAGGAAUAAUGUCAUGUGACCUUUUCCCCAUUCACACAUCUUAGUUUUAUUACAUAACUGUACCUUAAAAGUUACGUUCAAGGAUCACACAAGGUGCUCAUUUUCAGUUAUGUUGUGACCUGUAUAGGUUAAGGGGAUUGUAGUAUGUUGUAAGCAGGGAUGUUGUGACGGGUUGACAUGCUCUUUAAGAUGUAAACCAAUUAUAAAGAUCAUACUUAAAAACAUCAAACUGACACAACUGUAGUAAUAUGAAUAUACCAAAGGAGAAAAACUACAUUUCUGGAUAUUAUUAGGUGGUCUGUGAAUGACUGAAUGUCACCAAGGGCUGCAUUUUACACUACACUGUACAACUGAAGCUGUAGUUCACUAUGACAAAAUAUUCUUGUUUUGUACUGCCAAAUCGCUUUUGUAACCAGUUUCAAGAAUAAAUGUAAACAAAA